UCUGAUAGAGUGUACCAUGGUUUUGUAAGACAAGUUUUGCACACGACCCAAAAUAUUGAUAUAAAAGCAGCAGAAAGUGUCGCGUUGGAGCUUGCUAGUUUUCAAAAUGAAGGUCCUCAUCGUAAUUGCUGCACUGGUUGCAUAUGCGGCCGCUCAGAGCUGCCCUAACAUUGUGAGCCGCGCCGAGUGGGGUGCUCGAGCUCCAACUGGCAUCACCUACUUGAGCCUGCCGGUUCCGUUUGUCGUGAUCCACCACGGAGCCAGCGGCUCUUGCAGCACCCAGACAGCAUGCUCUGGCGUCGUUAGGUCCUACCAGGAUCAGCAUAUGGAUGUCAACGGCUGGUCUGACAUCGGCUACAACUUCAUUGUCGGUGGAGACGGUAACGUCUAUGAAGGUCGUAGCUGGGACAAGGUUGGAGCUCACGCCCCUGGUUACAACAGCCAGAGUAUUGGAAUCUGCUUCAUCGGCACUUUCACAAGCAGUACUCCUGUCAACUCAGCUAUCAAUGCUGCCCAGCAAUUGAUUGCCUGCGGUGUUGGUCAAGGAAACGUGGCGGGUGCGUAUAGCCUGAUUGGCCACCGACAGGCCGUUACAACUGAGUGCCCAGGAGACGCUCUCUAUGCUGAGAUCCAAGGAUGGCCUAACUGGGAUGCCAACCCUUAAUUUUUUAAUGGAAAAAAAAUAAAUAAUCAUUUAAGUUUGAAA